GAGUAUCCCAAAAAUUUUUUGUAUUUGGAGCGAUUCCUAUAUGUCAAAUUAUCGUUUCUGGCAACACUAUCCCGUAACACUUGUCUAUACGUUCUCUGGUCUGUACUUGGUUUAGUUAUCGGUUGUUUUUUGUUUGACAGUCGCUAUUUUGUGUUUUUCUUCUUUUCCAAAAAUAGUGAACAGCACAUAGACAAAAAUUUGGAAACGAAAAACUUUAAUUUCACUUUCACUACGCUAAACAACUAUUUCCGUUUUGCCUAGGAACAAAAAGCCGCCAAUUUACGACGUGUUCAUCUUUUGUUAUUAUCCAAUUGUCAGACGUAAACACAUGCAAAAGCAAUGUCUAUAAUACGUGCUGCUUUGCAAAUGAUCACCAAGGCAGAGGAGUAAAAGAAAUUGUUGAAAAUAUAAAACAGCCAGUAAAUGAUUAAGUACGUAAAUUGAGGUGACCAACGACUACAGGUGAAGCGCGGGUGUUCAAUUGUACUUAAGUAUAACUAGUGCGAUAGAUAGUUAAUUGAGUGUUAGUAAUUUUUUAGCGUAAAUAUAUAUUAACUACGAAAAAUUCGGAAUAUUUAAGGAUCUCAAGUUUCGAAAGUGGUACCAGGUUUUACAAGAAAUUUGGAGCAUUACUUACUAGAUGCAUGCGCAAUCUGUACAAAGCCGAAUCCUGCACAUCAUCCUAUAGCUAGUCCUUAGAACAAGCACACAUACUUAUACCCAAUCAGUUCAUGUCAGCAGCAAUGGGUAAUUAUGAUAGUGAUGGUAAAAAAUCAACAGCCUUAGGAAGUUGUAUGGCGGCACUAAAAUGGAUACCAGUCAUAUUCAUCGCGGCUGUGAUCGCAUGGUCCUAUUACGCGUAUGUGGUUCAGCUUUGCUUACUAUCCAUCGACAACGUCUUUGAACAAAUUGUUUUUCUGAUAUUUUAUCAUAUAAUAUGUGUGUUGUUUUUCUGGUCCUAUUGGAAUACCAUCUUUACACCAGUCGGUACAGUUCCCCCAAAUUGGCGAAUUCCAGAAGCAGAAAUAGAGCACAUAUUUCAUGCUGACACUCAGGAUCAACAAAAGAGAAUACUAGAAAAUUUUGCCAAGACGCUGCCAGUCACAAAUCGCACACUAAAUGGUUCGGUGCGUUUCUGUGAAAAAUGCAAAAUAAUCAAGCCAGAUCGUGCACAUCACUGCAGUGUCUGUGGUGCUUGUGUACUCAAAAUGGAUCAUCAUUGUCCGUGGGUUAACAAUUGUGUCAACUUCACAAACUACAAAUAUUUUGUACUCUUUUUGGGCUAUGCGUUACUUUAUUGCCUAUAUGUGGCCUUAACAUCGUUGGAGUAUUUCAUACGCUUCUGGCGGUUGGAACUUUCACAACAGGGCGAUUUGAAUGGUGGCAUGGGACGGUUUCACAUAGUGUUCCUGUUUUUUGUGUCGAUAAUGUUUGCAAUAAGCUUGGUGAGCCUAUUCGGUUAUCAUGUCUACUUGACGCUUAUGAAUCGUACAACGUUAGAGGCUUUCCGUGCGCCAAUAUUUCGCGUUGGUGGCCCAGACAAAAAUGGCUAUAAUUUGGGUAAAUACGCCAAUUUCCAAGAAGUGUUCGGUGAUAACUGGAAACUGUGGUUUUUGCCAGUCUACACGAGCAUGGGUGAUGGCAUCAGCUAUCCUAUACGUCAUUUAGAUGAGGAUGCCGAAUCGUUGCUGGGCAAUAGCGAUACGCGCAUUGAAAUGGAGGAGGAUGUCUUUCCAGAGACGCGUUUUCACAACACAUAUAUUCCAUAGUUGAUAAUUUCUGACGAUAACGUGGCUUCUUAUUAUAUUUAGUUUAGUAUUGAAAGACGGAGUCUAUUAUUUUACGUUACUCACUUGAUACAUUUUUAGAGUGUGAUUAUUAAAUUGUUGAGUUAUUAUUAAGGUCACGUUCUGAUAUUGUCAAAAACUCAACGAAAAUAUGCAAAAUUGUUAAAGAGAAAGUCUUAUAAUCAUAUGUGUAUUAUCUAUACAUUAAAACUUAAUUUCGAUGGCACUGCGUAGUUCCAUACAAUAUACAAAUAUACCGACGCAGUGCUUCAUGGAUACUUCUGAACCCGACUGACAAACGAAAUUUGCAACUUUCAAGCUUAAACCAGCGGGAGCGGUUCCAUGCAGUUUCCAUUCGCUAAAUUUUGUGUAGCGAAAAAAGGAAUACAAAUGUAUGUAGGUAUUGAAAAAGUAUUACAAUUAAAUGAAAUUAUAAAAAAUAAUGUAUGUACAAUAUAUUAGUUAAUAAGUUUCAUACCAAAAACCAUAUUUAUACAGAUGUAUGUGUGAACGUAUUUCAUAUCAAAGCAAAAAUGUGGCAAGGAGGCAAUGUAAUUAUAAUAUUUAAAAAAACAAUAUGCAAAUAGAAGCAGAAAAGUGUAAUUAUUUUCAAUUUCAUUAAAUACGGAGUAUUUUUCAUAAUAAAAUUUUAAUUUAAAUGCUUUUAAUUUUGCUUAGUCUGUAAAAUGUGUGUCACUCCUGAAUGUUUAUACUCUAAGAAGCCUCGUAUUGCAGCUUUUUCAGUUCAAUGCUCUUAGUUAAAAAGCUCCGUUCGUUGUUAAUAAGUCUUGGAAAACAUGCUGAUCCUGACGACUGUGGAGGGGUUUUAGAUGAGCUAUGUUACCAGCAGUUUUUUUUAGACUCGUACAUUUAGAGGUUUCAUGCAAAUAAAAGUGUCUCACAUGUUGUGCUCAGGCACAUUUCAAGUUUUAAUUCACCUUUUUUAGUUAGUUACUUAAGUGCUAUUUUGCGAAUUAAAAUCAACAACCAUAGCAGAUAUUUUUAAAAAUUGAGAUAAACAUUUAUUAUACAAUAAUAUUUUUAUGUAAAUGUAUGUAAGAGCAUGCACUGGUACCUAAAAUAAAUAUAAAAAAAAAUAUUGGGUUUUAGUAAAAUUUAUUGAAAUUGAGUAGAAACGCCUAAAACUAGUUAAAUUUUUUAGAUACAAUCAAAUAUAAAUCAAUUAAAACAAAAGGCCAUAAAAAAUCCUAGGUAUUAGUGAGUAUUGUAAAAAUAAUGCAAACCAAAAUUAGAAUAUAAGAAAAAUGUAAACAAUGGCAAAACCAGCAUAACGGGCAUAACUGUUUCGCACAAAACAAAAUUUAAAAUUUUAUCAGAAAAUAAUGGCUAUGAUGGGCAUAGAUGUGAGCAAAUAGGUGUGUGCAUACAUAUGUAGGUCUGCUCAGAACAAUAUAAACUACUGUGACACUGAUUAUUCAUCUGUAGUAAGUACAAUAUAAUUUGCCAUUGAAUACACUUAUUUUCUUAAAAAAAGGCUCUACGGUCGCAAAAUGCAAAGUGAACUGGGAUACAGCAUUUAUAAAGACCCUGUUAAAUAUAUAUGUAUGUGUAUAUUUUGUUCAGAGUAUGUAAGCUUCAUAUAUACAAGCUGUUAACUCUAUUUAAGUGGAGCUUGCAAAAAUAGCUAUUCCUAAGCGUGAAUUACUAGAAAUAGAUAAUAAACUUUACACAAAACAUA